AUGGCCGCCUCGUUCCCAGAAGUGGACCCUAGCCAGGUUGGGGUAUAUGUUGGAACUAUUGCAUCGUCAUAUGCUCUCGCACAGUUCUUGACAAACUUCUUCUGGGGUUGGCUAUCAGACCGAAUAGGCCGCAAGCCAGUGAUUCUGAUGGGGACAUUGCUUACCGCAGUCUGUCUGGUGGCAUUUGGGUUCUGUAAAACACUAUGGCAGGCAAUACUCGUGCAGGGUCUUAUGGGGCUCGUGAAUGGGAAUCAAGGCGUGGUGUCUACCUGUCUCGGAGAGAUCACAGAUCGGAGCAACCAGUCCAAAGCAUUCGUCUAUCUGCCUGUCAUCUAUGGGAUUGGCGGUAUUACUGGUCCUAUAGUUGGAGGUCUACUUGUUUUCCAAAGAAAUCCUUUCGAUCAUUCAAAGCCGAACCCACAUCCAUACCUCGGUCCGAAUCUUGCCUCUGCCGUAGUCCUCUUGUUCGACCUAUUCAUCAUAAUGAUCUUCUUAGAGGAAAGCCUAGAGGAAGCUCGGAACCUUCCGCCACUAGGACAAAGGAUGAAGAGUCUCUUUUCUUGGAUGUGGCAAUUCACAGGCGCUUCGACUCAUCCUACCUAUGUACGAAAGAAUGGGAAGCAAAGUGCUCAUGGUGGACUUCUAGCCAGGAAUUCAGAUAACGAAGAGGAUGAAGGAGUUUCGGAUGGAGAAGAUGAGGGCAAUGGAGACAUGUCCUCGUCAGCUCUAUUCCCUCAUCACGCAGGCGAAGAACUGACCCGCAAAGAUGUGUUCAACCGCGAUACUGUACUUCUGCUUAUCACUUAUUUAAUAUUCCAGCUUUCAAAUAUCUCCUACAAUUCUCUGUAUCCGAUCUUUGCCUCUGGCCCGCCUCCAACGGGACGUGAUUUAUCAACAGAGGAGAUUGGGCUUUCGCUAGCGUUCGCCGGGGCGGUGACUAUUUUGUUUCAAAUUGGGGUAUUCGGCAAGCUCCGUGAUAAAAUGGGUAAUAGAUACACAUACCGAGCUGGCCUGGCAGGUUUCGUUUUGUCCUUCUUGAUGAUGCCUUGGGUAGGCUACAAGCAGGUAGAGAAUGCAGAUGGUGGGAUGUCGACAGGCAAGAUCUGGCUAUGGGCUGAACUAGGCUUCGUCCUCUUACUCAAGACCGUGGCUGCUAUCACCAAUUCUGCUCCGAAUCACUCUGUACUCGGCACUCUAAACGGCCUAGCUCAAACACUCUCUGCUGCUGGUCGGGCUGCUGGGCCAUUUCUCUCUGGUGGCCUGUUUACUAUCGCCACCAAGGUGAAGCCAAAGGGUGAAGCACUCGCGUUUGGUGUAUUUGGAGGUAUAUCUUUUGUCGGCUUUCUGCUGAGCCUCGGUAUUCGAUCUGAAAAGCUUGAGGCAGAAGGAUGGGAUGAGGACAGUCAAAGUGACAAGUCUGAAGAUGAAGAGGAUGGAAGGAAUGAAUAG